AUGACAGACGCGCUGGCGUCCGAGGUGCUCGAGAAGCUGCACGGCGCACCUUGUCUCGAGGUUCUCGACUUGAGCGACAAUCUGUCGCCGUUCAGCGGACUCGCAGUGCCUGGAGCACGUGCCGUCGCGGGGGCCGUCGAGACGCUGACGGGCCUGCGCGAGCUUGACAUCGGCUAUUGCCUGCACGCCGGCACGCUGGCGCCGAUCCUCCAGGCGGUGCUGGAAACGGGCGCGGUCAAGGUUUUCAAAUCGGGCUGCACCUGCCUCCGCAAUUGCACCCACGUGGACGUCGUCGCCGACAUGCUCGCGCGACACGGCACCGGAGCGCUCGAGCAUGUGGAGGGCCUGCCGAUGCUGGGCCUGGCUGCGAACGGAGACAAGCUGCUGCACCUGACGCUGAACGAUCAAGCGUCGGAAGCUCACAUUAGCACGCUGCUCGAGCUCGUCCUGUGCUCGCCCGCGCCCCGCGCUCAAGAGAUCGGACCACACCAACUCGAGCUUGCGGCCGCACUCAACGGCAACACAACGCUGCGGAGGCUGGACGUGUGCGAAAUCGCAACCACGAACGAGAUCCUCCGCGAGCUGACGAAAGCGGUCGCGAGCUGCAAACUGACGGAGUUUCGAAUGCUGGACAUCUACAUGCAUGACGUGUUCGUAGAACUCGACGUCCUCGGGAACCUCUUCGCGAGCACGACCCUGCGAUGCAUCGAGCUGGGCGACGCGGCUGGCUGUCUGGGAUUCGAUCCCGAAGACCCGCCUGAAAUCGACGAUGUCGCCGAAGCCCUGGCCACGAACACCGUCCUGCGCAUUCUGACGUUGGACCUGUUCUCGUUCUUCGAUAGCGGCAUGGGCGCGCUCGCUCGUGCUCUGCGCACAAACGCCGCCCUCAGGUCGCUGACGGUCAAGGCUGUCUUCUCUGACGACCGCGGCGCACAGCUGGCUGACGCCCUGUGCGACAACCGCAGCCUGCGCUUCCUCGAUCUACGCAAUCGCGGAGUCGCCGCCGGCCAAAAGACGAAGCGAAGGAUGAUCGAGGCGCUGCGCGUCAACCGCACGCUGCAGAGGGUCAACAUCAACGGCUGUCUGAACGACCCCCUGAGUCAGCCCACUGGAACAUGA